CUACAUCAUCCAGCAGCGAGGCGAUUCGCAUCCGGUCAGGAGGAUUUGCGGAGCAGAAGUCAGUCGAAAGGGAUUAGCUAGCUUGCUAGCGACCGAGACCUCUUUAGAUGUGUGAAUUCGCGCUACAUGAGCCAUUCUAAACAUCGCUGACACAUCGAGAGCCGAAACAACAGCUGUUGCCAUGGCAAUCCUGUUUGCUGUGGUCGCCCGUGGAACCACUAUUCUGGCCAAGCAUGCCUGGUGUGGUGGCAAUUUCCUCGAAGUUACUGAGCAGAUUUUAGCCAAAAUCCCCUCAGAGAAUAACAAACUGACCUACAGCCACGGCAGCUACUUGUUUCAUUACAUCUGCCAUGACCGAAUCAUAUACCUGUGCAUCACUGAUGAUGACUUUGAGAGGUCACGUGCAUUCAGCUUCCUCAGCGAAGUCAAGAAGCGCUUCCAGACAACAUACGGGUCACGAGCACAAACGGCCCUACCCUACGCCAUGAACAGUGAGUUCUCCUCCACACUGGCAGCUCAAAUGAAACACCACUCAGAUCCACGGGGAUCAGAUCGUGUCACUGAGACUCAGAUGCAAGUGGAUGACCUGAAGGGCAUAAUGGUUCGCAACAUAGACCUGGUAGCUCAGAGAGGGGAGAAGCUUGAGUUGCUGAUUGACAAAGCAGAAAAUCUGGUCGAUUCAUCCGUCACAUUUAAGACCACGAGUCGUAAUCUUGCACGGGCCAUGUGUAUGAAGAAUCUCAAGCUGACCAUUGUCAUCGUGGUGGUGUGUCUGGUGGUGAUUUACAUCAUCGUGUCUGCUGCUUGCGGUGGCCUCAGCUGGCCCUCCUGUGUCAAAAAAUGAGAGAAGAGGGAGAUAAAGGAGAAGGGACGAGGGGGAGAAGUGCCUGUUCAACUCUUACCAAUGGACACAAAAGGAAAUACAGUUUCUUUGUCUUACUCCUUUAGCUUCAACGUCUGUGGAAGACAUGCUUUCCUCCUCCUCCUGUCUCCUUCCUCAGCCCACCUUUAAGAGUCUGCACAUGUAUUUGCCUUUUGGACCGGGAGUCCCACCUCAUACCCACUCUAAUGGACAGCAGCCACGUGGCUUAAAACUGAUGUGGAACAAUAACCUUGCCAUAUGUUAAUCUGGUACAUUCAUCUUGUCUCAUACACUCAGUGGCCUGAUGUAUCAUUUCAAGAUACUGUCCUGCAUCUAUCUGUGUAAUGAAUCCAUUCAAACUGAUCACAGAGAUAGCAAAGUUUAAUUUGUUAUUGUCCUGUUGUACCUUUGAUGUCAACACAGACAUGUGGGACUUGCAAGUGAAGGUGUCAUCAAUGUUGCAUUUCAAAAUCCAUCAUGAAGGACUCACCUGUAUUGUCUGGUUUGCUGCCAUAUAAUUGAAGACGUUUUGACUAAACCUUGACCGAAGCAGAUUUAACGAUUCACAUAAUUUUAUCACAGAUAAAACAAUAACACCUUCUAAAAGAAACUUGUAAAGUGCUAGGUAUGGUCGUACAAAUAAAUAUUGUACAUUUCAUUGAUAUUAUUAAGACGUAAUAGAUAUUUUAAGUCAAGUUUGAUUUAGGAGAAAUUCUUGUUCUUUAUCCUGCCUGUGGACUUGAUGAGAGGCUUCCAUUUACCUCCCCCUGGAUGUUAGGUCGUGCUCAUAUUUUCUUUCUGUUAACACGAUGCACUUUUUAUAUUGUACAUAGAUUUGCUUUCUGGCAUCACAUGGCUUAUGAACAUGUAAUUAUUUAAUUAUUGUACAUCCAGAAUUAAGUGAAUAAAACUGAUGGUAUAAAGUGGUA